AUGCCUCUCUGGGCUUGGGCAGGCAAGGGUGCCGAGAAGGAAAUCACCCCCGGUGGACUUGUCGGAGUGGCCAACGACGCAAUGGACGAAAUGCAGGCGAAGCACAGCAACUACGGUGGUUCAAAGCCGGGAGUCAUGACGGCUAUGGUGGCCGAUAAGGGCAAGGGUGACAAGAUCUAUCUUGGAAGUUCCUUGAACAACGGCGAAUCCGUGAUACACAAGACGGACGACCAAGGCAAACUCAAGUACCCCGAGACUAACAAAGUGGUCACUGAUGCCGAGAAGGCCGCCAUAGGCAAGAGGCCUGGCCUGACCGAGGGCGCCGACCCCAAGCACGGAAACAACGCCAAGUGUGGUGAACAGUCGUGCAUUGCCAUGUGGGAGAAGGACAACCCGGGCAAGAAGCUGAACGAGGCAGACGCCAGAUUCGUCACAAUCGAACGUCCUGGUGGUAAGAGCGGAAAGAACCAGAUUAUCCCUCCCUGUGACGGUAAAAAUGGCAAAGGUAUCGGCUGCAAGUCCGUCCUGGGGGGACAAGGCUCCGAGGACGUCCCUGAGAGUACGAGGCCGGAACCAUACCAUCUGGGCAACGACUAUACAACCAGCAAGGUGGAACUGGGACCCAAGAAUGGCGACAAGGAGCGUGAGGACAAGGCCGCUAAAGACGCAGCCUUUGAGGCUCAAUUACAGGCCAACAGGGAGAGGAAGGCGGCAAAAGCGAAAGCGAAGGAGGCCAAGAUGGCGGCCAACAAGGCGAGGAAACAAGGAGAGGCCAGCAACAACGCGGAGUAA